GCCGAGCGGGCCGGGCCGGGCCGGCGGUGCCCAGCGGCUCAGCCGCGUUCCUGCCUUGUAGGUGGCGCCGCCAUGUCGCUGUCGCUGAAGAUGCUGCCGUGUAAGAAGAGGAGAGCGGCGGUGGCCGGGCCGCAGAGCCCGCGGGAGCGCGGGGAAGACGGGGAGCUGCCCGGGGCUGGCGGCUCCUUCUCCUCAGCCGGUGCUGCCGAUGGCGGCUCCUCCGCUAAGCCCACAGCGGCCGCUCCGAGCGGCGGCUCGGCCUCUCCCGGCCCGGGCGUGUGGAGGGGACCCGGGGACGGAGCGGCGAAGAGCGGGAAGAGGCCUCCCGGGAGGGCGGCCCCGGGCUGCGCUCAGGAGGCGCCGGGCGCGAAGGAGGCCGCGGCCGCCCCGCAGCUCCCUGAGGGCCUCGGCGGGCCCGAAGCGCCGGCGGAAGGGAAGAUGCCCAAGCUGUUUACAGAGGUGGAAAUGCAUUCACAGAGAGAUCCAUACCUGCCUGAAAACCAGCCUGCAGCGCAGGAGUCUCCAGUGAGAAGCUCUUUGCAGCCAGCUGUUAGAAAUCCCACUGUGAUGAAGCCACUGAAGGGUACCAGAGCUGAGGAGCAAGACGGAGAGGAUAUGGAGAGAAGGAAGAGGAGGAGGAAAGCAACCAAGAGGAAAAGAGAAGGGAGGAAUCAAGAGGAGGAGGAGGAGGAGGGAUCUUUGUCUUGUGACAUCAAGUUAGAUGAUACCCUGGAUCGUACCUUGGAGGAUGGAGCUAAACAACAUAACCUGACAGUGGUCAACGUGAGGAACAUCCUGCAUGAAGUGAUCACAAAUGAGCAUGUGGUUGCCAUGAUGAAAGCAGCCAUCAGUGAGACAGAAGAUAUUCCUCUGUUUGAGCCCAAAAUGACACGUUCCAAACUGAAGGAAGUUGUGGAGAAAGGAGUGGUGAUCCCAACGUGGAAUAUCUCUCCCAUUAAGAAGGCAAAUGAGGUGAAGCCUCCUCAGUUUGUGGACAUUCCCCUCGAGGAAGAUGAUUCAUCUGAUGAAGAAUACCAACCUGAUGAUGAGGAUGAGGAUGAGACUGCAGAAGAGAGCUUGCUGGAAAGUGAUGUAGAGAGCACUGCCUCCUCUCCUCGGGGAGCGAAGCGGUCGAGGACGAGGCGGUCGUCUGAUGAAGAAGGAGGGACACUCUGUGAGAUGGAGAAAGUUCCUGCACCGCUUGUCAGACAUAUUAGUGCUGAAGUAGUUCCCAUGGGACCUCCACCACCUCCUAAACCAAAGCAAAGCAAAGACAGCACCUUCAUGGAGAAGCUGCAUGCAGUGGAUGAAGAGUUGGCUUCCAGCCCAGUGUGCAUGGAUUCAUACCAGCCCCUGGAGGACAGCCUCAUCGCCUUCCGCACCCGAUCCAAGAGGCCUCUGAAGGACGUUCCUCUGGGGCAGCUGGAGGCUGAGCUCAGAGCCCCAGAUAUCACCCCUGAUAUGUAUGACCCCAAUACUGCAGAUGAUGAGGAAUGGAAAAGGUGGCUUGGAGGACUCAUGAAUGAUGAUGUGGAGAAUGAAGAUGAAGCAGACGAUGAUGACGACCCUGAGUACAACUUCCUGGAAGAUCUGGAUGAACCAGAUACAGAAGACUUCAGAAAUGAUCGUGCUGUGAGAAUUACCAAGAAGGAAGUGAAUGAACUCAUGGAGGAGCUGUUUGAGACAUUUCAGGAUGAGAUGGGCUUCUCCAACAUGGAAGAUGAAGGUCCAGAAGAUGAAGACAACGUUCCAGAGUCACGGCCAAACUUUAACACACCUCAGGCACUCAGAUUUGAGGAGCCUCUGGCCAAUUUGCUGAAUGAGCAACACCGGACAGUGAAGGAACAACUUGAGCAGCUGAGAAUGAAAAAAUCCUCCAUCAAACCACCACAGGAGAUAGAAAAAUCAAAACCUCCAAAUGAGAAGCCUCUCCAGAGCCUUGUUCUGGAUAAUACACAAAGAAAGAGGCUCCAGCAGCAAAUGCAGCAGCACGUGCAGCUGCUGACUCAAAUCCAUCUCCUUGCAAGUUCCAACCCUGCUUUAAGUUCAGAGGCCAGUACAACCAGGAUGUUUUUGAGUGAGCUUGGGAACUUUGCUCGAAGCUCGACCCUCCUUCGCCAGCCUUUCAAUCCAAAGUUUCAAACCAUGUUCCAAGCCUGUAACUUGAAGGGAGCUCUGCAGCUCAUUGAAGACUUUCAUGCCCAAGUCCAAGUUGACUGGAGCCCUCGCAAAGCUGUCAAGAAGAGUGCCAGUGAAUUUCCAUGUUUGCCAAAGCAAGUGGCGUGGAUUUUGGCAACGAGGAAAGUCUUUAUGUAUCCAGAGUUACUGCCAAUAUGUUCCUUGAAAGCAAACCCUCCUCGGGACAAGAUUGUCUUCACCAAAGCAGAGGACAAUUUAUUAGCUUUAGGUUUGAAACAUUUUGAAGGGACAGAGUUUCCAAAGCCUUUGAUUAGCAAGUAUCUCCUGCCAACAAAAACUGCCCACCAGCUCACAGUAAGAAUCAAGAAUCUCAAUAUGAAUCGAGCCCCUGACAACAUCAUCAGAUACUAUAAAAAGACAAAGCAGUUGCCUGUUCUGUUCAAGUGCUGUGAGGAAAUCCAGCCUAAUGAGUGGAAACCUCCUGUGGAGAGGGAAGAACAUCGCCUGCCCUUUUGGCUGAAGGCAAGCUUGGCCUCCAUUCAGGGGGAAUUGAAGCAGUUAGCAGAAGAUGCCAGGGAGAUGCCAGGUUCACCUGAUGCAGAACCUGUCUUUUUGGGGACAGGAAAGGAAACUUCAGACACAGACUAUGAUGAAAAAUACCCUCUACUGAUGCCAAAGGGACUAGUGCUGACCCUAAAGCCCCUUGCCAAUCGAUUUUCUAGGAGAGCAUGGAGGAGACAGAGGUCUUCAGCUCUGAAGCCUGUCCUCAUUCGACCAAGUCCUUGUCUGCAGCCCAGUUCCAACACCAUUAACAUCCAGAAGACUGUCAAGUUGGCCCAGCCAGAAGCUCCUCCCAGCAAAGUGAUGGUGCAGCUUCCUCGGCUGAUUCAGCCAGCUCCGGUUGUGCAGCCGAUGCCGGGAGCUCAACCUGUGAAUGUCCCAGCAGUGGUAGGAAAUGGGGAUGCUUUGGAGUUUCAGAAUGUGCUCUCCACUUCCCAAGCAGACUCCAGACAAGCUUUCUCAGCUGCUGUGCCACCACCAGCUCUAGUGUCCUCAAAUCCAGUCACUUUACAACCCAAACUGAUGCUGCCGGCUCUGGCUGGAGCGAAGACACGCAAAGCCUGUGGCAGGAAGGGCUACCAAAAGAAGAAAGGGACAAAAUGUGCCCCACCAAUCAAGACUUCACCUUUGAUUCAGCCAUCUCCAGUCAUCCUCACUGUGCCUGCUACCACUGUGAAAGUGGUGAACAUAGGCAAUGGUUGCAAUAUGAUUCAGCCCAUCAGUACAACAGUUGGUAGGGGCACUCAGGCCAUCCCAGUCACAACCUUACUGGUCAAUCCAUCCACUUUCCCCUGUCCAUUAAACCAGCCUCUAGUGACCUCUUCCAUCCCUUCCUUGAUAGUCUCUCCUAACCCUGUUGGUCUUCCUGCAUCAUCUGUUGGGGAGAAUGAAGAGCAGCUGAAUCUGGUUCCUUCCUGCCCUGCUGGAAACAACACAAACCCUUAUCCCACGGUGGAGCCCGAGGCUGAACCCCCAGAGCUCUGUGUUUCACACCCUGCUGUCUCCCCUGAGGAGGAGUGUGGUACAAAUCCUGCCACUUCAAAUACCAGCACCCAGGAGAAGGUCAGUCAGAGUGACUGCUGCAGCUGGAGCGUGGUGGAAGGAGGUGAGAACUCUUCAGAGCCGCUGCCUGUGGAGCUUUUGCCUCAUUUAGAAGAUGCAGAUGGAGUGAAAAACAAGCCUGAAGAUUCCACUGAUGCCACCAAGGAAAUAAAGCCAGUACAGAAAAGGGAUCUUGUAUGUGCUGAGGUGAAGGAGGAGUUCAUGCUGGAUCUUGGCCAGGAGCUGAACAUGGAAGCUGUCUGUUCAUGUUCAAAUGACUUGAAAGAAGUUAAAAAGGAGCAUCCUUCGUGUGAUGAGAAGGGAGAGGAACAACAGCAGGCUUUGCAGCCAUCUCCCCCUGGAGAACAGCAGAUGGAUGCAGCUGGUGGUGCUGGACCACAAGUGAGCAGUGAGUCUCCAAAGACUCUUUCUUACACAGCAGACGUUGAGGCAGACUUUAGCAGUCCACUGGGAAGACCAGAGGAUUCAUCCAGUAUAGAUGGCCAGUCUGUUGGGACACCAGCUGGUCCUGAAGCUGGAGGAGAGAGAGAAGGACAAGAAGAGGAGGAAGAAGAUGACUUUGAUGAUUUCACACAAGAUGAGGAUGAAGAAAUGUCCUCAGCCUCAGAAGAAUCUAUCCUUUCAGUGCCAGAACUUCAGGAGACAAUGGAGAAACUGACUUGGCUUGCAACAGAGAGACGUUUGAGCCAAGAAGGAGAUUCUGAAGAAGAGAACUCCCAGGAGGAGAACUCUGAGCCUGAGGAGGAGGAGGAAGAAGAAGGGGAAGGGAUAGAGAGUUUACAGAAGGAUGAUGAAAUAUGUGGGGAUGUAUCAGAGGAGCCUAAAUCUGCUUUCCCCUUGGCAAAGACAGCCCCCCAGGUGGAAGCCCACUGCAUGCCAGCAGGAGAAAACAUGAAAGCCCCUGGGAAGAGCAGGAGCUCCCACAGAACCAGAAAUAAGAGGGGACGGGCUCGUGCCAGCAAAGAUACGUCAAAGCUGCUCCUCUUGUAUGAUGAAGACAUCCUGGAGAGGGAUCCCCUGAGGGAACAGAAGGACCUGGCAUUUGCACAAGCCUAUCUGAGCAGGGUGCGAGAGGCCUUGCAGCACAUCCCUGGGAAGUAUGAAGACUUUCUUCGUGUCAUCUAUGAGUUUGAGAUCAGCACAGACAAACAAACAGCUGUGGAUCUUUAUUCCACUUUACAGAAGCUGCUGCAUGACUGGCCACAGCUGCUCACAGAUUUUGCUGCUUUCCUUUUGCCAGAACAAGCUCUGGAGUGUGGGCUGUUUGAGGAGCAACAAGCGUUUGAGAAGAGCCGCAAGUUCCUCAGGCAGCUGGAGAUCUGCUUUGCUGAAAAUCCUGCCCACCACCAAAAAAUCAUCAAAGUUCUGCAGAGUUGUGCAGAUUGUCUCCCCCAGGAGAUUGCAGAGCUGAAGACCCAAAUGUGGCAACUGCUGAAAGGACACGACCACCUGCAGGAUGAGUUCUCUGUGUUCUUUGAUCACUUACGACCCUCAGCCAGCCGCAUGGGAGACUUUGAGGAGAUCAACUGGACAGAAGAGAAGGAAUAUGAGUUUGAUGGGUUUGAAGAGGUGUCUUUGCCAGAUGUGGAAGAGGAGGAGGAGCCACCCAAGAUGCACACAGCCUCGAGAAAUAAGAAGCGGAAAGAGAUUGGAGGCCAGAACAAUGACAAGGAGGUCGAGUGGGUAGAUGGGAUGAAGGAAUGUUCAUGUUCCUGCCACGAAGGGAGUAGUGAUCUCAAGCUAAAGAAAACCAAAAGGAGGAGCUGCAGCCACUGUAGCAGUAAGGUGUGUGAAAACAAAUUCUACAAGAAUAAAGACUCUCAAGAGCUGCCUGUGAGCCUGGUUCAACAAGAAUCAAGCCCUCAGCCUGAUGGGAAGGAUUCUGGACUGUCUAAAGAACCUGCAGAAGAAAACCUGGAGAGCAGGGACGAGGGAGAGGAUGUCCAGAGCAGAACAAAGACUGUGUCUAGGAAAGUGGACUCUGUGGCUUCAGCAGGAGCUCACCUGGAAGGAAAGAUUGUCUCUGGCAGACAUGGAUCUUCUGAGAAGGCUGCACUGGCUCAAGAAGCAGGUGUCAGUGCUGGUGGGAAUCCUGCAAAGGAGAGGGAUUCUUCUGUCACUGGCCCCAGAUGGACACAGCUACAAAAAGCCACUGCAAAACUACCUCAAGAAACCAAAGACUGCCCUUGCAACGUGGGAAAGGAGAGUGAGGGACUAAACCAGCACCACCAAGGAGAUGCUGACGCUGCCCUUGGGCUGAGCAGAGAUCUGCUGCUGCCUUCUCCUGCUGCUACAGCAAAAGGUGUGAUGGGACCUGCUCCCUCUUCUGGAAAGAGUUUGUGUCAGACUGAAGGGCUUCAUUCUGAUCCAUCAGAUAAGCUUCCUGUCUUUGCUCAUGCUUCAAGGUUAGCUGUGAAAGAACUGGAGGGUCCAGCUUUACCUCUGGAAGGAAAAGCUGAAGCAAAGCAGGGCUGGACAGCAGCAGGUAGGAAACCAGCAGUGGGCAGGAGCUGCAGCUCACAGUCCCCUGCUAGCUGCAUUUUGGGAGCAGAUGAUACAGGCUGCACUGGCAACUCUCCUGAUGAAAGCACAUUCAAGUCAGGUGCAAGCAGCUGCUUCCAGACUCAUCAGCAUCCUGAAGAGACAGAGUACAGGGUGGUUCCUGCCUCCCUGGGGCAAAAGGAAGAGGAGCAGCAACAGCAGCGAGUCACAGAAGCAACUGUGUGUGCCAAGAACAGCAAAGUCAGCUCAACUGGGGAGAAGGUCGUGCUCUGGACCAGGGAGGCUGACAGAGUCAUCCUGACCACGUGCCAGGAGAAGGGAGCCCAGCUGGAGACCUUCCAGGCCAUCUCACAGAAACUGGGCAACAAGACUGCUAGUGAGGUCUCCCACAGGUUCAGAGAACUGAUGAGGCUCUUCCAUACAUCCUGUGAUGGGAGCUCUGAAGAUGAGGAGGAUGCAACUAGUACCAGUAACACAGACCAGCUGUCAGACAAAGAUCUUCUGCUUUCUGAGGAAGAACCUGAUGACUGAGGGGUUUCCUCUGCAGGUUGGACAAGCUACUGGCUGCCUCAGAAGGAGCAGUUGGCUCUUUGCUGCUACACAGGUGCUGUGGAUAAAUAUUUGCACAGAUAACUCAAGAUAGCACCUUUGACUUUUGACUCUCUUUGCUUACACUCCUGCCAAGCUGCACUUCUUGAUCUGUGUCAAGCUCAAGGAAGGAAGGUGUUGGGGUUGAAAAACCUCACCUGGAAGCCACCCUGGGAGCUUCAGCAGUGAAAUGACAGAAGUGAUGCUUGUGAACACUGACCUCACUCCAUGGUGAAGACUGGCCCACCAGCCUUUGACAAGAACAUGUACAUGCUGUAUCAUAAGUGACCUGGUUUCAUGUGGAACCAAACACACGAGGGGGUUGGUUUUAUAUGGUUUUUGUGUUGAUUGUACUUGGGGAAGGUUCCAAGCUGAACUCUGUAUUUAUUGUGUGGUUUUCCUCCUAAGCCAGGCAAAGCACCAUCAUUUUGCCAAGCUUUAAAGAACACCAAACAUAGAAACCAGCUCUCCUCCUCCAAAACACAACUUGGGGGAGCUGGAGAACUUCUGCCUUUGUAGCUGGAUGCUGCUGAAAUGAGACCAGAGGAGCAGCUGAGCCACCUUCAGAGCCUUUCCCUUUAUUCUGAAAGCGACCUUAAAGACAUUCUUCCUUCCACCUCUCCAGUAGUAAAGAGGAGUUAGUCUGAAUCUCCUUCAUCUUCAGAGUCACCUGCUUCCAGGCCUGUCUCAUAGCACUCAGACAGAGUUCUCAGCUCCUGCAAGGCUUCAUGGAAGUCAUCCUCCUCAACUCCAGCACUGAAGAAGCUGAGGCAGCGCCGUGUGUUCACCUUCUGUAGGUCCUUGUAUAAGCUGGAGAGCAGCGUGUGCAGGACAGGGGAGGACUGCAGGGCUGCCAGCACAGGGAUGCUUCCCACAGCUGCAGAGCAAACCACUUUGCUUUCAAUAGAUGCCCAUCCCAGCUUUCUUUCCCUGCCCUGUUCUACCAGCAGUUGCUUUACUUGGACAUUCAACACUUGUCAUUUUCACCCUCCCACCACUCACAAGCUUUGGGGGGGUUAUCAGUCAUCCUUUUACAGCUCUCACACCUCCCUGCUCCCACUUGAUCUCUCUGUGGCACAGGAAGGGUAAAGGGCCUUUGUUACCUGCUGAGGAGGAGGGGGGAGGUUUAUCCAGAAGGAAACCUUCUCUGCUCAGAAGAGGAGAAAAAAUCUGGGGGUAAGGAGGUUGAGUUGGACAGGGCUGCUCCAGCACCUGGGACGUGCUGUAGGGAAGGAAGGUGAAUAAAGUUACCCAAAACA